AUGGCCGAUGAGGAAGCGCCUCCUGAGGUGCAUCACUACAACAGUCUCCAGGAGGUCCCCUGGGAUAUCCAGAACUACUGGGCCCAGCGCUACCGGAUUUUCUCCAAGUAUGACGAUGGGGUCUGGUUGACGGACGAUGCGUGGUUUGGGGUUACUCCAGAGCCGGUAGCCGAUCAAAUCGCAAAACAUAUCGCCGAUGGAGCGCCCGCCGAGCGCAGCAUUCUGGUUGACGCUUUUGCCGGAGCUGGGGGUAAUACAAUUGCAUUUGCUAAGACGGGGAAAUGGAAGCGCAUCUACGCGAUUGAGAAGGAUCCAGCCGUGCUCCAAUGUGCCAAGCACAAUGCGAAGAUCUACGGUGUCGAGAACAAGAUCAGUUGGUUCGAGGGUAACUGUUUCGAGAUCUUGAAGAACCAGCUCAGUGCUUUGGCUCCUUACAGCAUUAUAUUUGCGAGUCCUCCGUGGGGCGGCCCUGGGUACCGCUCCGACACAGUGUUCAACCUCAGCACCAUGGAGCCAUAUUCCCUCGCAACAUUAUAUCGCGAAUACUCUGCAUUCAGUAAACACAUGGUUCUAUACCUCCCCCGAACCUCAAAUGUCAAGCAACUGGCGAAGUUGGUCCCGGACGAGCAACCGGCGACGGUGAUGCACUACUGCAUGGAAGGGGCCAGCAAGGCUCUGUGUAUCUUUUACGGCAACUUUAAUGUCUCAUGA